AUGUCGAUUGAUCCCCAAAACCCGGGUUAUAUUGUAUGUUAUGAUCCAGCAACGGGUCAACUAUUAUCUAACAUACGUGCUCACACUGAACAAGAUGUGGUCGAAGCUCUAAAAAAAGCUCGCAACGCCCAAAAAAAAUGGGCACAAACCACAUUUAAAGAACGGAGAAAAGUGUUAAAAAUUAAAUCAUCUGAGCAAGUAGCAUGGUCAUUGCAGUACUACAGUGAAAUCGUUAAGACUUGUUUAAUCUCAUGCGGUCAUGAUCCGGAUAUAGUGCAGUUUCUAUGUGGAUUUGCAGAUUGUGGUGAAGCUCUCGUUAAAAGCGGUGUUGAUGGGAUAACUCUUAUUGGUUCUCCACAAGUAGGUAGACAGGUCAUGUCAUCAUCAUCUACUACAUUAACACCCUGCACAUUAGAACUAGGAGGAAAGGAUUGUGCUAUCCUUCGCCAAGAUGUAAAUUUAAGGCAAAUAAUUCCAGUGAUAUUACGUGGCGUAUUUCAGAACGCUGGACAGAACUGCAUCGGACUUGAAAGAAUUCUUGUUCAUGAAAGUAUUUAUGAUAAAUUUGUGAAAAUAAUUGAACUAAGAGUUAGGGAACUUAGAGUGGGAUGCGCUUUGAAUGAUGAAGAGGUUUCGCAAGGAGCCAAGCUACUCUAUGGAGGUCAUCCGUUCGUUCAUCCCCUUUAUCCAACCGCUCAUUAUUAUACACCCACACUUCUCAUAGAUGUAACUCCCGAUAUGCCAAUAUCUCAAACGGAACAUUUUGGGCCAAUAAUGGUAGUAAUGAAAUUCCGAACAGAUGAUGAAGCGAUUGAAAUUGCAAAUUCUAGCGGUUAUGGAUUGGGAAAUAGCGUGUUUACCAAAGACCAGCGAAAAGGUGAAUGGAUGGCAAGACGACUAAGAAGUGGAAUGGUUAACAUAAAUGAUUUUGGAGCUAGCUAUCUUUGUAAUUUACCAUUUGGUGGUGUUGAAGGUCUUCGUCAGCAAUGUUUAAUGAAAUCUAUUACUCUAGAUCGAUUUCCAUGGUUAAUACAGACUUCUAUUCCUAAAAUGUUGGAUUAUCCUGUACAUUUUUGUGGACCCAUGUUUGUUUCUAAUUUGGUUAAAACUGUUUAUGAAAAUAGAUUAUUGGACAAAGUUAAAGGUAUUAUUAAAUUGAUAGUUAAGGAGAGAAUUGAUUAUGAAGAA